GUCAUGAGAAGGUCUGGCUUUAUGGACAGUUCCAUGCUAUGGGUCAUGAGAAGGUCUGGCUUUAUGGACAGUUCCUUGCUAUGGGUCAUGAGAAGGUCUGGUUUUAUGGACAGUUCCAUGCUAUGGGUCAUAAGAAGAUCUGGCUAUAUAAACAGUUCCGUGCUAUGGGUGAUGAGAAGAUCUGGUUAUACGGACAGGUCCAUCCUAUGGGUCAUAGGAAGAUCUAGUUAUAUAGACAGUCCCAUGCUAUGGGUCAUGAGAAGAUGUGGGUAUAUGUACAGUUCCAUACUAUGGGUCAUAGGAAGAUCUGGUUAUUUAGACAGUUCCUUGCUAUUGGUGAUGGGAAGAUCUGUUUAUGUG